GCCGUACAGCAGGAACUGUGCAGACACAAACACAGGGAUCCAGGGAGAGCAGCCCCCUUGCACUUGGAUCUAAAGCCAGAGCUCGGAGAGAGUUGAAGAAAGACACUCUACAGACACAACACAAUGGCAGACAAAAUUAAAGAUGCCAAGAUCAUCUUUGUCGUGGGUGGUCCUGGCUCUGGAAAGGGCACCCAGUGCGAGAAGAUAGUGGCAAAGUAUGGCUACACCCACUUGUCUUCAGGUGAUCUGCUCCGUGCUGAGGUGUCUUCUGGCUCUGAGAGGGGCAAGCAGCUCCAGGCCAUCAUGCAAAAGGGAGAGCUUGUACCCCUGGACACAGUCUUAGACAUGAUUAAGGAUGCAAUGAUCGCCAAGGCUGAUGUCUCCAAGGGAUUCCUCAUUGAUGGCUACCCCCGUGAGGUGAAGCAGGGAGAGGAGUUUGAGAAGAAGAUUGGGAAGCCAUGCCUGCUGCUCUAUGUUGAUGCAAAAGGAGAAACCAUGGUCAAGAGGCUCUUGAAACGUGGCGAGACCAGUGGCCGUUCUGAUGACAAUGAGGAGACCAUCAAGAAGCGCCUGGACUUGUAUUACAAAGCAACUGAGCCAGUCAUCGCCUUCUAUGAAGGCCGUGGUAUUGUGAGGAAGGUUGACUCUGAGCUGCCUGUGGAUGAUGUCUUUGCUCAAGUCUCCAAGGCUAUCGAUGCACUGUAGUAAAGCAACAUAACUGGAUGAUCAGUGUCUGGCUGUUUAUUUGAAUUUUUGACUAAAUUUUAUGAAAUCUUUUUUUCUGGCUAAAAAGAGACAUAAUAUAUUUCAAAUAACAUGAAAAGAUGGUCAUUGGAGAUCCACAAUGUCUCCAAUCUAAUCCAAAUUUGGUCCAGUCCAAUGGGAAUCAAAGUAUAAAUCAGCAAACCAAUUAAUCAGUUUAGCAUCAACAGCAUUAAGAUAUAUAUAUUUUUUUGUAUAUAGGCUUGUUUGUUGCAUAAGUGUCUGGCUUCUGUUUGCUUAUUUUUGUUUUUAGGCGUGGCAAGCCAGCCACAGUGGGCAGCGAUUAUGCAAAUGCACAAAAUGGCAAUGUUGAUGAAUAAUGUGAGACAAGGCCAAACAACAAAUGACACUGGAAAGUGUCUCCCUUUCGUAAGACUUUAUUUUUCAUUUUCAGAGAUUUUCUAUACAACAAACGACAAGGGAAUACAAACAAGGUGACAGAGUCACUUAAAAAAUCAUAACAUAAUGUCUUUAGUGUUGCUAAUGUGUCAAACAUUAUGGGCUGCAAACAUGCAUUUUUUAAAAGUUAUUUGAAAAACUGAUGGGUUCCAUUUCUUUUCAUAACUAUGUACACUUGUAGCAGAGGUAUCUAACAAUCAUACAUGUAAAACAAAAGAAUAUUAAAGAUGCUAUACUGGAGAGUUUAAAUUUGAUUCUAAUGCAGAGGAGGUAACUGUCUUUGAAUAUUUAACUGCACUUUCCGACGACAUCAGAUCUAUUUUUGUGCAGAUUAUCUGUACACCGACCAACACUGAUCCUGCACCAAAUGCACACAUAAAAGGUCCUAAGAAGGUAAGUGUUCUUCCAUUCAUGAAUCACGGUGAAGAUGCUGCUGGCAAAUGUAGACACAACAGGAUUCAGGAGACCCUGCUUUGGCCAUACUGUUAUUACAGUUUUUCCUUUGAGGCCUUGAUGACCGACUGGCCUGUCACCUUCCUCCUCUUUCUUUCAAACAAACGCACGUAUUUCCAGAUUGCCGAGCAAACAUUACAGCAGGUAUCCGGACUUCUCUCCAUGGACAGCUCAGAUCAUGACUACUCUGUUGGGAUGAGGAAGGGGAAAAAGACUCUGAAGGUGCACAGGAUGUGCCUAUCGGAAGGUCAAUCAGGAGAAGGCGUCCCUAAGCACUUUCAUAGAGUCAUUGAGGAUGCUGCUUGAAUGCUAGGAAUGCCGUCCUUACUUAAAGGUGCAAAACAAAGGGAACAUGUGGAGGGUUGCUGUGGAAUUGAUCACGUACGGCACAGAAAAAAACAGCCUGGUGUCUGUGUGAAGAAGAUAGGGAACUAUUACACCUUAGCAGUAAUAAAGUGUGCAGAUUUACUCACAGGCCUGUGGCUCAGGGAUCUAAAGCAAAGAUAAAUCUUAAUGGAUUAAGUCAGACUACCACUUCAUGAAGCCAUUCUUGCAGUAAAUAAAGAUAAUCUUCACAAUUCUGACACCCUGCGGUCUGUUUAAAACCGCAGCACAUAAGACUUGUCAGCAGGUCAUCAACAAAACUGUUGUUGUUUUGUUGCUAACUACAGAACUAAUGGCUGUUUUAAAAAAAAAGAGAUUUGAUUCUUUAGGCCAUGGCACACAUACAAAUGCUCCCCAAAAGACAUCCUGCUUUUUAUCCUUGCUUUUUUCAUAUUUUCAUUUUUCAAUUCAUGCUACAGUCUGAAGAGCUGAUGCUUUAUUUCGAACAAAUGUAUCAUACAAGUAAGUAACAUGUUUGGAUUUAAAAAAAGUUAGACCAUUACCAACAUUCAGUUUCAUUAAUUGAGUGACCACAGUCAACAAACUACCAAUUCUAUAAAAACGAUGUAGCAAUGAACGUGAUGGGUUUACAUUGUGUUCUGAAAGCCAUAUUAAACCACAUAUUCUGAUAUUCAGAAAGACAGUUAAUUAUUCUUAUUAAGCCUUUUUAACCUUCACAGCUGGACUGAAAGUGAGCUGCUGGCUGAUUUAUAUAUAGAUGCAACUGAUAAUUAUUUCAUUAUAGAGAUUCCCUAUUAGUAUUUUCAGUUCU